AAGAGGAGAGGAGGCAGACAAGACGACGACAGCGACGAGCCACGGGACGGAAGACGGGAACGGACGGAAAGACAGGCAGGCAGGCAGUCAGGCAGGCAGGCGGAUCAGAGCCGAGAGAGCGAGUGUGUCGUCGUCGUUUCCAUGUACGUGCUUACGUAUAAAGCGCGCGGUGUCGGGCCCCGGUAUCGUCAUGUCCUCGCGUAGCCGCGUAAUAUCGUGGCAGCCUUGCAACGAGGCGGCGCAGGUCGAUUCUCGAGUCGCGUGAUCCGUCUCGCCGCUUCUCGCUCGACAGUUCCGACUCGGCGUAACUCUUGUCGUCGAUGCCUUUGUUCGCGGCCGGACGGAGGAGGACGGGCGCGGAUUGUCGUCGCGACGAGGCGAGGACGAGGACGACGAGGGCGAGGACGGGGGCGACGACGAGGACGAGGGGAGUCUCGUUUCUUUAGCCUGGCUGUCUCUAUUCUCUUUCUCCGUCUAUCUGUCUCUCCUCCCUCCGUGUCUUUCUCUCUCUCUCUGUCUCUCCUGCGUGUGUGUCUUCUCUGCCUAUCUCGGGUGAAACGGCGCUCCACACCCCGGCGCGGUCCUGGACACGUCCAAGAGGAGGAGGAGGCGACGGCGUAGAAGGAGGCGCGGAGGAGCCGACGACGACGACGAGAUGCGCGAGUUCAAGGUGGUGGUUCUCGGCUCGGGCGGGGUGGGCAAGAGCGCGCUCACGGUGCAAUUCGUGUCCGGUUGCUUCAUGGAAAAGUACGAUCCGACGAUCGAGGAUUUCUACCGCAAGGAGAUCGAAGUGGACAACUCGCCGUGCGUGCUCGAGAUCCUCGACACCGCGGGCACCGAGCAGUUCGCGUCGAUGCGCGAUCUAUACAUCAAGAACGGCCAGGGCUUCGUCGUCGUUUACAGCCUGACGAAUCACCAGACCUUCCAGGAUAUCAAGGCGAUGAAGGAGCUCAUCACGCGCGUCAAGGGCACGGAGCGCGUGCCGGUGCUGCUGGUGGCGAACAAGCUCGAUUUAGAGCAUCAGCGGGAGGUCGGCACCGAGGAGGGCCACCAGCUCGCGCAGCUCUGGGGCUGCCCGUUCGUCGAGGCGAGCGCCAAGAAUCGCACCAACGUCAACGAGAUGUUCGCCGAGAUCGUGCGGGAGAUGAACUUCAGCCCCGAGAAGGAGAAGAAGACCUACUGCUGCUGCAGCGUCCUCUAAUACUUAAUCAAAAUCCCCGAUGGCCCGGAUUAUUUACCCGCGGGCCGAACUAGGUGAAGGAAAAUAUAGUACAGUGUGUACAGUGUCUAUUGCGAUGUUAGGAGGAAGAGCUCGUCGUUCUCCUCUUCAUCGGCGUGCUUCGUUGCCGGUUAUCCUGGAACUUUCCUUCGCAGCCCUUUUUCGAGUCGUGGAGAGGCAGGGAUAUAUGCCAAGGAGAGAUACGUUGUAUAGUGGCUUUUGGACAGACCUCGUCAGUGUGUUGCCCUCCUGGAGGAUCUUUCUUCUGGAAAUUCCUCGGAUCUGGGAAAUAUCUUCAACCUUGGAAAUAUCUUCAACCUUGGAAAUCUUUUCGGUCCAAAAAUCCCUUCGACCCUGGGAACUUCUUCGAUCUUCGAUUGAAAAUCAUUUAGACCUGGAAAUCUUUACGCAGUGUGCAGCACAUCUACCAAGACUAACUUGUAUUGAACGUUGUAUGAAUUUUUCAACGGAGGACUAUGAUUCUCUCCUUUUCUAACUCGGAAGACCGUCCGGCAAGCGGCGGCCGUUAAACACAGAUAUUUUAUUAUACGCGAAUAUAGUAUUAUUGUAUGUAAUAU